GCAAGAUGGCGGCGCAACAGCAGGACCGUGAGGGUGGUGCGCAGCUGGCUGGGCCCGCGGCGGAGGCCGACCCGCUGGGUCGCUUCACGUGUCCCGUGUGUUUAGAGGUGUACGAGAAGCCGGUGCGGGUGCUCUGCGGACACGUCUUUUGCUCUGCAUGCCUGCAGGAAUGUCUGAAGCCGAAGAAGCCUGUCUGUGGGGUAUGUCGCAGCCCUCUGGCACCUGGCGAACGAGCCGUGGAGCUCGAGCGGCAGAUUGAGAGCACAGAGACUUCUUGCCAUGGCUGCCGUAAAAAUUUCUUCCUAUCCAAGAUCCGGGCCCAUGUGGCUACCUGUUCCAAAUACCAGAAUUACAUCAUGGAAGGUGUGAAGGCCACCACCAAAGAUGUGUCUCUUCAGCCAAGGAAUGUCCCAAACCGUUAUACCUUUCCUUGCCCUUAUUGUCCUGAGAAGAACUUUGAUCAAGAAGGACUUGUGGAACACUGCAAGUUAUGCCAUAGCACGGACACCAAAUCUGUGGUUUGCCCAAUAUGUGCCUCGAUGCCCUGGGGAGACCCCAACUACCGCAGUGCCAACUUCAUCGAGCAUAUCCAGCGGCGGCACCAGUUUUCUUACGACACUUUUGUGGAUUACGAUGUCGAUGAGGAGGACAUGAUGAAUCAGGUGUUGCAGCGCUCCAUCAUCGAUCAGUGAGCAGGGUGUCUGCUGGCCGUCUCGUGUUCCAGAGCUUCCAUUAUGUAUUAUGUGUGAAACCUUAAAUAUACAACAGACCUGGAAGUGAGCCUGGUAUUAGGACAGGGUCAUUUCUAACAGGGAAACAGAUUCCCAGGUCAGAGCCUUCCUUUCCUUUGGGCUCCUCCCCCUACUGUUAACCCUUUUUGUCACAUCUCUUGUCUUUGAUUGCUCCUCAGCUCCUUCCUGGAGUUUCUGCUUCCUCUUCCAGAAGAAAACCCAGCUUCACCUGUCUUUGUUUUACACUUGCUCUUCUCAUUCAGCAUUCAUCUCUCAGGUCCUUUGAGCCAGCCAGGACCUUUCGUGGGUCAUGAAUAGCACAAAUGAGACAAGUGUCUCCUCUCCUCAUUUCUUGAGGUGUGUGAGCUCUGGCAACAGUGCAUCUGAUCAGUGAUGGAGCUCCUGUGCUGAGGAAGUUCCUGUUAGUUGCUCUUUGGUAGCAGCUGCCAGAGCUGGAGUUAUCUCCCAGGAAACCUUUCAAAAGCCCUGCUGGGGGGAAUGUUCUGGGUUUAGCGUGGUCUGAUGCUCGAAGUUUUGAUUAGUGAUAUUUUGCUGCCACUCCUGCACACCCUUAGAAUGAAUUGGUACAGUCUUAAAUACCUGCAUGGUGCCUUUUUAGGAUAAGGUGUAACCACAUGUUUUUAGUGGAAAUAAGUGUUUCUAGGUUAGAAACUUAGGUUAGACUUCAUUUCUCCAUAAGUGGGGAUGACGGUCAGCUAAGAGAGACAGGAGGACCAUAGCUUUUAGCAUAUGAUUUUCAAACUAAUAACAUAUUUUCAGAUGACUGGGUCAUGUUUACUUCUCUGUUUGGGAGUCUGCUUAACAUUCUUAUCCUUGAGGCACAAAAAGGAGCCCUCGACUGAAUAAGAUGGAAGGGGUUUGGGCCCCAGGUGGAUACCAGUUCUUUUAUUUGUUAAUUUAGAUUAAACUGAGCCUUGCUUUUCUAUCGGAGAGAGGUGGUAGGAAAUCUAAUAUCACGGCCUGCCAUCUCUUCUGACAAGACACUGUUCAAAGGCACAACAUCUCCUAUGAGCAGUUGUUAAUGGAAACUCUCUCCUGGAAACUUGCUUUGGUGGCAGCUCAAGAAGCUUGAAGUUCGAUAUGUUUCAUGAUGUUAGUAAACACAAAGCUAAGAGCUGGCACUCAAAUCCGUAGGAGCAAAACCUCUGAUCGACCAAAGGGCAUCUGGAUUUAGGUUCGCUUUUUCACGUCAGACCUCUGUAGUCUGAUGUCAAAAUUUCUUCCGGUUAGUGUCUGAAGUUGCAAGUGACGGGCUUUGGGCCUGUGCCCUGCUGCUGUGGGCCUCUCCCUACCUGCCAGUUAGAACUUCGGAUGCCUAGUAACCAAUAGAGACGGGCCCUUUGGGGCAAAGUAAUUUUUUCUAAUGUGCUGUUGCUUGGGAGCGCCCAGAUGUUAAGGUCAGUUUCUUCACUGUAGUUUUUGGGAAGCGUUCACUCAGACCUCCCUGAAUUGAGAUUAUCUCGGCCUAAGUUUAAAGGGAAAUUGAAUAAAACCUUCAUUUGAGUGAACUAAAGAGAAUGUGUCCGUCUCACUGGUGGUACCAAGAAACUGAUUUCCUUGUAUUAAGUGCACUUCAUGUAUUUCUAAUAAGAUGAUUUUCCAGAAAGUGAAAUUUGUUACAUUCUGGCUUUUAAAAGGCGAAAUAUAAAUAAAUUUCAUAAUUUAUCCAA